AUGCGUGCCUCAAUUCUCUUCACUACUCUCUCGGCUUUGGCCUUGACCUCCGGGGUUGUUGCCCAGGGUGGCGUUGAGGAGAGUGCUUCUACCACCUCCGCUGCUACCAGCACGAUCAACUACCUCACUGAGACCAACUCCCUCGGCGUUGUUACCGGCCAGCCUUCAGUCAUCACUAGCCAGCCUACAGUCGUUACCAGCCAAGAUGCGGCUGCCUCGAUCCCUGCUGGUUUGACCGCACCUGUCGUGACUGCCAACACAAGCAGCUGGACUAGCUCCGCUCGCAGCAGCACUCCUCUCAGCACUACCACUGGCACUGGCUCCACCUCCACUGAGACAUCAACCAAGACCUCCAGUGGAACCUCCAGUGGCUCAGACUCCUUCAGCACUGGCACUAGCACAUCCACCUCUACCGGUGGUGCUGCUUUCGCCACCGCUGGAAUGGGUCUCGCUGCCGGUGCUGCUCUCCUUGCUUUCCUGUAA